CCGGACGUGAACGUGUUCCAGCGUAAAUUCGUUAAUGAAGUCAGGAGGUGUGAAGAAAUGGACCGAAAGCUAAGGUUUGUUGAGAAGGAGAUUAAAAAAGCAAAUAUUCCUAUCAUGGACACUGGUGAAAACCCGGAGGUGCCUUUUCCACGUGACAUGAUUGACUUGGAGGCAAACUUUGAGAAAAUUGAAAAUGAGCUUAAAGAAAUCAACACAAACCAGGAAGCUCUGAAGAGAAACUUCUUGGAGCUGACAGAAUUAAAAUUUAUACUGCGUAAAACUCAGCAAUUUUUUGAUGAGGCUGAAUUGCAUCAUCAGCAGAUGGCGGAUCCAGACCUGUUGGAGGAAUCCUCUUCACUCCUGGAACCAAGCGAGAUGGGAAGAGGUGCCCCGCUACGACUUGGGUUUGUGGCUGGUGUGAUCAACCGUGAGCGAAUCCCUAUGUUUGAGCGCAUGCUAUGGCGAGUGUGCCGAGGGAACGUAUUCCUGCGUCAAGCAGAAAUUGAAAACCCCCUGGAGGAUCCUGUAACGGGGGAUUAUGUGCACAAGUCUGUGUUUAUCAUCUUUUUCCAAGGUGAUCAGCUGAAGAACAGAGUCAAGAAGAUAUGUGAAGGGUUCCGUGCCUCCCUCUACCCAUGCCCAGAAACACCACAAGAGCGGAAGGAAAUGGCUUCUGGUGUCAAUACCAGAAUUGAUGAUCUUCAGAUGGUGCUGAACCAAACAGAGGAUCAUCGCCAAAGGGUUUUGCAGGCAGCCGCUAAAAAUAUCCGUGUCUGGUUCAUCAAAGUACGCAAGAUGAAGGCUAUCUACCAUACCCUGAAUCUAUGCAAUAUCGACGUGACACAGAAGUGCUUGAUUGCUGAAGUCUGGUGUCCUGUUGCUGACCUUGAUUCUAUCCAGUUUGCUCUCAGGCGAGGCACUGAGCACAGUGGAUCCACUGUCCCAUCUAUUUUAAACAGGAUGCAAACCAAUCAGACCCCACCAACAUACAACAAAACUAACAAGUUUACUUCAGGCUUUCAAAACAUUGUUGAUGCUUAUGGCAUUGGAACAUAUCGGGAAAUAAAUCCAGCACCAUAUACGAUCAUUACCUUCCCGUUUCUUUUUGCUGUGAUGUUUGGAGAUUUUGGCCAUGGAAUCCUGAUGACUCUGAUUGCUGUCUGGAUGGUGCUUAGGGAAAGUCGUAUUCUGUCACAGAAGAGUGACAAUGAGAUGUUCAACAUGGUUUUUAGUGGUCGAUACAUCAUUCUGCUGAUGGGACUGUUCUCCACUUACACAGGCCUCAUCUACAAUGACUGCUUCUCCAAGUCCCUUAAUAUGUUCGGUUCAUCAUGGAGCGUCCGGCCGAUGUUCUCAAAAGGCAAUUGGUCAGAUGCCUUGCUAGAGAAUACUCCUCUGCUUCAGCUGAACCCUGCUAUUCCAGGGGUGUUCGGUGGACCCUACCCCUUUGGCAUUGACCCAAUUUGGAAUAUUGCCAGCAAUAAGCUGGCCUUCCUAAAUUCGUUUAAGAUGAAAAUGUCUGUGAUUCUUGGCAUUAUCCACAUGCUCUUUGGUGUCACAUUGAGUCUUCUCAACCAUAUCUAUUUUAAGAAGCCACUGAACAUAUACCUUGGAUUUAUUCCAGAAAUUAUUUUCAUGUCGUCACUGUUUGGAUACCUUGUUAUUCUCAUUUUCUACAAAUGGACGGCAUAUGAUGCUCACACGUCAAAGGAUGCACCAAGCCUUUUAAUACAUUUUAUCAACAUGUUUCUGUUCUCCUAUAGUGAUACCAGUAAUAAGAUGCUUUAUAAAGGGCAGCAAGGGCUCCAAUGUUUCCUUGUGGUGGUGGCGUUACUGUGUGUGCCAUGGAUGCUGGUAGCUAAACCCCUGGUCCUUCGCCAUCAGUAUUUAAGGAGAAAGCACUUGGGAACGCACAACUUUGGUGGAAUCCGGGUGGGCAAUGGACCAACUGAGGAGGAUGCUGAGAUCAUUCAACAUGACCAGUUAUCUACCCAUUCCGAGGAGGGGGAAGAGUUUGACUUUGGCGAUACUGUGGUGUACCAGGCUAUCCACACCAUCGAAUAUUGCCUGGGGUGCAUUUCAAACACUGCAUCCUACUUGAGGCUCUGGGCUCUCAGCUUAGCCCAUGCACAGCUCUCGGAGGUGCUCUGGACCAUGGUGAUCCACAUUGGCCUCAGCGUGAGGAGUCUGGGUGGAGGCUUUGGCCUCUUCUUCAUAUUUGCUGCUUUCGCUACCCUGACAGUAGCAAUUCUCCUUGUCAUGGAGGGGCUGUCUGCUUUUCUCCAUGCUCUUCGCUUGCACUGGAUUGAGUUCCAGAACAAGUUCUACACUGGCACUGGAUUCAAGUUUCUCCCUUUCUCCUUUGAUACCAUCCGUGAGGCGAGGUUUGAUGAUUAA